UAACAGUGGAUAAUUCAUUGUCAACAACGUUACUUGCAUUACACUCUUCAUCUCUUCCUCGUACUUAAUCGGACUUACGAUAAAAGAAUAUUUAACUGAAUGAUUUAACCGUUGUUUAAAAAAUUGGAGAUUCUAUGUGCUUUCGUACAGAUCGACAGUUUUAUACUUGCCAAUAUCUGCUAAUCAAACAACAGUGCUGUACCUAGUUCAGUGAGAACACAUCAGAUCGAUAUGCUGUAUGCGAUCGUCUUAUCCGCGUUAGCCGGAGUUUUAGCUAUUUAUUACGUCUUCUUCAAGAACCCGAACGAGUUCAAGAAUCAGGGGAUACCAUAUGUGCGACAUUCGCCAUUGGUGGGCAACAUGGGACAAAUAAUCUUCGGCCAGAAAUCAAUACCCGGAUUCUUAAAAUCGGUAUACAGUGAGCACCCCGAGACCAAAUACAUUGGUAUGUACGACUUCCUCACGCCAGUGAUAAUGUUGCGCGACCCUGAGCUCAUCAAGUCCAUUGCCAUCACACAUUUUGACAUGUUCACGGAUCAUCGUACCUACGGGCAGAAUAAUAUGCUCCUUUUGUUUCUUCGUGGCGACAAGUGGCGGCAGAUGAGGUCUAUAGCAUCUCCGGCCUUCACGUCUAGUAAGAUGAAAUACAUGUAUAACCUAAUAUCCGACUACGCUGUUAGUUUCACCAAUUUUCUGAUACAAUUGCCACCGGAGAAGAGGGUAAUAGAGAUGAAAGACAUUUUCAUACGCUUCAGCACCGACGUGAUUGCCACUUGCGCCUACGGCAUCAGUGUUGACUCUAUGCGAAACCCAGAGAAUCUUUUCUACAUGACAGCAAGAAAUUUAAAUAUUUCAGAGUUUUUCAGCGUAUUGAACAACGCUAUAAAUCAACCAAAGACGACAUGGCUGGUAAGGGUAUUCAAGCUACAAACCGUCAACGAGAAGAUCAUGAAAUUCUUUAGGAACAUCGUGGAGACCACCAUCAGGACCAGAAUCCAGAAGGACAUAGCCCGGCCGGAUAUGUUGCAACUGAUGAUGGAAUGCAGGGACAAGGAAGAAGGCAAUAGCAAGAAAAUAACAAUCGAGGAAAUGGCUGCCCUAGCUUUUAGUUUCUUCUUUGCUGGCUACGAAACUGUUUCGUCGUUAAUGUCUUUCGUCACGCACGAGAUCGCGCGAAAUGAGAACAUACAGAAAAGAUUGCAGAAUGAGAUUGAUCAGCUGCUGGAAGACACGAACGGCCAACCUUCGUAUGUAACAAUCAACAACAUGGAAUAUUUGGAUGCUGUACUGAAAGAAGCUCUCAGAGUAUAUCCUGUCGCUAUGGUGUAUGACAGAAUAUGCGUGAGAGAUUUCGAGUUGCCGCCGGCGUUAACUGGGGCAAAACCCUACGUAGUGAAGAAAGGGGAUCUCUUAUGGAUACCGGUUUAUGCACUCCAUCAUGACAUCAAGUAUUUCAAGGAACCAGAAAAAUUCAAUCCUGACCGGUUCAUUGGCGAUGAGAAGAAACAUAUCGACAAAACGGGGGCUUUUUUGCCGUUUGGUUUAGGUCCCAGGAUGUGCAUUGGUUAUCGAUUCGCCCUGCUGGCGAUGAAAUUGUUAUUGUUCCACCUACUGGCACGGUGUGACCUUCUGCCUUCUGACAAAACUCAGAUUCCGCUGAAGUUUGCCAAGUACAAUUUUAUUUUGACUGUUGAGGGUGGGAUAUGGCUAAAAAUUGAGCCGCGGAAGGAUCCACAUCGCACUAUUGUUAAUGAUACAAGUGGCAGUAAAGAUCUGUAAGAAUUUUCGUUGGUUCGAGAACUUUAAGGAUUCGUAUGUGGAUGGUACGCACGUAGGAAGCAUUAUCUAUGAAUGUGAAAUGAUAUUCACGUAUACUAGUUAUGUAUAAAAAUUAAGAAAGAAUAUUAAAAGUAUGAAAGGCUUGAUAAUAAA